GAACUUCGAAAUCCUUUCGAAACGCGAGACAGAAGAGGCCUUCACGAUAAUGAAGUAGCCGGUGGUGGUGAUGCAGAUCCUCUCGACGUGUUCUUCACGCGCUGGGUAAGAUUCCAAGAUCCAAUUCCACCCAAGGAGAUAACGGCCGGGCCUCAUCAGAGCGUGACUAUCGAGUGCGUAGCAGGAGGCUCCCCUCCACCCUCCAUGUACUGGUUAAAGAACGGUGAGCGUAUUCACCAGGGCGACGAACACAAGGCGAAGAUGACGGGAGUCGGUUCGACCAAACUGCGGCUCUUCCUCGAUUGCAUCACGGAGAAGGAUGAUGGCAUCUACAGCUGUGUCGCUGAGACGCCCUACGAGAGAAUCACCACCGACACGAAGCUCACUGUGACAGAAACAAACGAGGCUUACGAGACAAGCUGCGACAUCUCAAAAAGACAGAGCG